AUGGAUGAACUUACAACGAAGCUUGCUGAAGUAACUGUAUCGAAUGGGACGAAUACCGACACGGACUCCAAAUCCCAGUCCCAGUCUAGAAAGAGACGUGUCUCACGAAAGCCUACGAAUAGCGGUACUGCUUCAACGAAAACUGGAGCAGUUGGAGCUAGAUUGGAGGGAAGUUUCAGUGAGCUGACAGCUAAAUAUGUCCAAAACGGAACACAAACAGACAAUUCGUUUCAUCCAAUCCGGGCGGUCCCAACUGAAAUGGAAAAGAUUCAAGCGAAACUUUACGAAACAGAAGCUUCACUGGAAGCUGUAAGAUUGGAGUAUGCGCUCCAGAAAGAACAUCUUUGUAGCGCCCAGGCAGACCUAAAGAAUGCGAAGAAGAGCGCCGAAGACCUGAUGGAGCGAGAACGCCGACGGAAAACUGUCCACGACCUCCAAUUUCGAAGAUACACGAUCGACUCAGAGCCUCGUUACGCUAAGUUUGACUUGGUGCAGACAUUCAGUACAAAGCCCAUGUAUGGUCCGGACCGAGCCGUUAUAGCGUUUGUGGAGAUUGGUGGAAAGAGGUAUCUGGCUCAGAAUGGUCUGCACCGUGCCACACCAGAUGGCUUGAUAUCUGGAAAAGAUUAUUCCAAAGAAGCUUCCAAACUUUUCCGGGCUCUAGGGGCUGUAAACGAAGAAACGAUAUUCCAGCACGCCGAGCCACAGCUCAUGGCGCUAUAUGUAGAGCAGUUUUGCAAUUCUCGUCGUCUGGACUUUCAGCAGUUCAUGAAUAAGCAUGAUGCCAGUCGGCGUACUGAGCUAUUGGAGGUAGAGAUAUUUAUCAGUGAAGCUGCAUGUUGGUAUUGUAAGACGCUCUCGGAAAAGGUGAAUGAGACGGCGGAGGAAUACGGCUUUCGUUUCUUGCUUGAAGAUAUUUCAAUAAAUAAAGAAUCAUGUGUAUGA